AGGGCAGCCGGAGAGCCCGUUAACAAUGUCGAAGCGAGGUAGGGGAGGUUCUGCUGGGAAUAAAUUCAGGAUGUCGCUGGGUCUACCAGUGGCGGCUACAGUCAACUGUGCGGACAACACAGGAGCUAAGAAUCUCUAUAUCAUUUCGGUGAAGGGGAUCAAGGGCCGCCUCAACCGCUUGCCGUCAGCUUGUGUUGGUGACAUGGUCAUGGCCACCGUCAAGAAGGGAAAGCCGGACCUCAGGAAGAAGGUGUUACCUGCUGUUAUUGUCAGGCAGCGCAAGCCCUGGCGCCGAAAGGAUGGUGUCUUCAUGUACUUUGAAGAUAAUGCUGGUGUCAUCGUGAACCCCAAAGGAGAGAUGAAAGGUUCUGCCAUAACAGGCCCUAUUGGAAAGGAAUGUGCUGAUCUCUGGCCCAGAAUUGCAAGUGCUGCUAAUGCUAUUGUUUGAAUAUCAAGUGACUUGAUUUCGUUUUUUUCCUUCUCUAUAGAGUAGGAUCUUAAGAUUCAAUUUCAUUGUCUGGGAUUAGCUUGUUUUUUAUCUUGAGAAAAAAAAAUGAUCAUUAUGAGUUAUGAGUUUUGGUUGAUAAUUGAUACGUUUCUGCCUAUUAUUUGAUAUCCUGGUACCCAUCCAACCCCCUACCUAUCAGAAUGGUUUGCAGGGCAGAAAAGGGAAUGAUCGGGAGGAAACCUUGUCAUUUCUCGCCUUGCAGUGAGAGUUUGGGUCGUGAAUAUGGAUUAUCAGGAACUGAGGUAUUUGAAUUUUGAUACAGAAAAAAAAA